AUGUCCAAUGCCGCUUCUUCAAUCAGCCCCGCCUUGGAGUUUUUAAGCGGCUUCUCCUACACCAGCAACUCCCCUCCAUCGCGGGUCAACGAAGGCGACAACGUUGACGAUUUCGUCAUUGGCUCUGUUUUAUCUUCAGGCUCAUCAGCUCUGGUCAGAAAUGCCAAACAUUUGCCUUCUGCGACCGCUGUCGCCGUCCGUAUCGUCUACCAAUCCAACAACUCUCAAAUUCGCUCUGAAAUUGACCGCUGGCUCAGUCUCAAUCAUAAUAACAUUCUUCCCUUACUUCACUUCUCAGAACUUUCAGAUUUUCUUCUCACUUUUUCCCCUAUUUGCAGCACCACUUUACUCAGUUAUAUCAACAAAUACCACAGCACCGGUAUGUCGCUACGCAAGACCCACAAUAUCUUCAAUCAACUUGCUUUAGGUGUGAGAUAUCUCCACCAGCAAUGCUCUUUAGUCCAUCGUGAUCUUAAGCUGGAAAACAUACUUCUCGACAGCGCGGGUAAUUGGGUUAUCAGUGAUUUUGGUCUUUCUCAAUCUCUCGAAGAGACAGAGUCGUUAGGUGAUAUGGGUAGCUUGCCAUAUGCUUCACCCGAGCUUAUUAAACCCCCACCUGAACAACUAACCACGGUUGAGUGGUUCGAUUUACUCAAAAAAGCUGAUGUUUGGGCUUUGGGCUGCAUUUUGUACGCUCUUCUCUCGGGCAAAUUACCAUUCGCCGAUGCUUUCGUCCCGCGUCUACAGAUGAAAAUCCUCGGUGGUAACUAUAAGCGCCUAAACUCAAUUUCACGAUCGAGGGAGCGAAGCAACACACGCUCUCGCAGUCGCUCAAGGGUAAGGGGGACAGACGAAGCUGCCGAAUUAGCUGCUAUGGGCGUACUAGAAAUGUGCUUGACUCCAGUUGCUGAUUUACGCCCGUUCAUUCAAGACGUCCUUGACACUGAGUGGGUGGCUAGCGGAUAUGCCACACGCGCUCUUGAUCCACCGGCACGCAGAAUGCGGUCCAGAUCCUCUUCGCGCAACAGAUCGAGUAGAUCAAGAUCACGCUCACGGGCUAGAAACCCUAUGGUUGCAACUCCUAUGAGCAACCUCAGUCCAGUAAACGAGCAAGUCAAUGGUGACGGUGCAGACGAAGAGCGCGAAAGAGGCAGACCUACCAUCAAAAGGGCUUUAGCAAAGUAA